AUGGCAGAACUCCCUGACGAACCCGAACAGUUGCUCGCUCCUGAUGGCCCUGGACCCCUCAUCGACAUUCCGCCCCGAGUGGGAGGAUGGGCCGAAGUGAUUACAAAUUUGGAAUGGGACAAAGCCUUGAUAGGUCAGGCGCUUCAGAGCGAUUUUCUCAUUUAUAUGAGCAAAAUGCCGAUUCUUCAGGAGCCCAUGUGGCGCCGUCGAGGAAACCAGGACAACACUCCAAUUCGGGUCAUGAUUGGUUUAUCCAUAGCCAACAUCGAAGCAUGCCGGAUGCAAAUCUCGGGCCGAGUCGCCAGUCUGCCGUGCAUAAACUGCACAGAGGGUAAUGUUGCCCAGUGUUUCAUUGCUUUAAUUCGUGAGCAUUCGAGCAUCCUCACAGCGUUUUUCUCAAAGCCUAACAAUUAUGGCUCGACACCGUGGAAAAUUUCGGCUUCGUGGGCAACUCCCGCACGCGCAUUUCCCGGAUCGCCGCAGGUGCUUCUUCCUGCUGGGGAGGAUUGGCUCGUCAUAUCGCUGUCAUUACUGCCCUCAACUGGCCCAACCCCCGCGAUGAUUCAGCCAAAAUGGGGCUUCCGCCUGGACCAUAUCACCUCGUCGCUUGUCAACAUCGAGGCCGCCAGAAUGCAGAUCUCCGGAUCACUAGCGGACACACUCCCAGUGUACAAAAAGCCGUCUAGUCCUGAUAUUAUUUACGUAGAGGGAAUCCAUUAUGUUGUUGCUCAGAUCACGAGCACCGAGGGCUCGCGGAAGGCUCACGGCGUGAUUGACUCUCGUCUGUUUCACAGGGCAUCCGUGGUCGAGACAGCGUAUUACUUUUCUUUAAUUACUACUAUAGAAGGGCUGGCGAAAGAAAAGGCAAGGUCGCUCUGUUCUGCUUAG